AUGCUAGACGUGAAGCUUACUAAUAAUCAACACUCUGUCAACUUUCCCCAAAAAGAGUGUCUUUCCGCCUUGGAAAAAGACAUCGCGCCCACUGCUACCUUUCCCCUCUGCUUCUUCACUUCAUUCAUGGCGGUGACGAAGCUUCUCUCUCUCUACAUUUUCAGGUUUUAUCUUGUUAUUCUGCAGCUACCUCACAACAACUCCAGUGCCGUUGCAGCCUCUUUGCCGCCUUCUUCGGAUGUCGAGCUUCUCUUGGGUAAAAUCAGAGCGGCCCUUCAAGACCUCUUUGCCAUGGGAGGACUCAAAGGGUUUCCCUCUAAUGGCUCUCCCCUGUCAUGCAAUGACUUGUCUUCACACAAGGGACAAUCAUUCGCUUUUCAGAGACCCCUCUUUACAUCUACUCGCUCUUCAGCUUCCUUCUGCGAAUCUCUCUGGUUCGCUUCCGAGGGAGCUUUCAGAGUUCCUAUGCUUCAGAGUCUCUACCUGGAACAUCAAUUCGUUGAAAGGGACAAUCCUAUUGAGCUUGGGUGGUAUAGUUUCCUCACUUACGAUGUCGUUUGGGAUGACAAUAUGUUGAGUGGAGCUUUACCACCGUCGAUCUGGAAUUUGUGUGAUAAGCUCGUUUCGCUUAGACUCCAUGGCAACAUGUUUGCGGGUCUCUUCCUGAACCGGCAUUGCCCGAAUCUUCCUUGCAAGAAUCUGCAAUUUCUUGAUUUGGGUAAUAACAAGUUUUCUGGGGUUUUCCCUGAAUUCAUCACACGUUUUGGGGGGCUGAAACAGCUUGACUUGGGGAAUAAUAUGUUUACGGGUUCAAUUCCUCAGAGCUUAGCUGGGUUAAUUAGACUUGAGAAACGGAAUCUUUCUCACAACAAUUUUAGUGGGGUUUUGACCUACUUUUGGUGA